CGACCUGCACUCCCCUCCUCCGCCGUUGCAGCGAAAACAUGCGAACUCGGGCGAGAUCGGAGUGAUUAUCCGUAUUCUGGACCAAGGAGUGGAGGAAGGAGGCAAGCUCACGUCAAGGACCCUCGACUGGAGCGGAGUCAGCAGAGGGAGCAGCGCAGCAGCCGCAGCAUUAUUAUUUGGAACAACAAAAGAAAGACAGACCGCUUGCCUGGCUGCUGCUGCGAACGUAGUAAUUCAUCCUCAAAACAACUCCCAAGAUGCCUGGCCUCUUGGGAAUCGGCGAGUUUUUGAGCGAAACUCGCGAUGACUACAACUCGCCAACGACCUCGACCUUUGUGUCGCGGAUGCCUCAGUGCAGACAGACCAUCAAUGUCCUGGAAGAGACACUGGAUGGCGAUCGAGAAGGUCUGUCACAGAUGAAAAAGGCCGUCAAAGCCAUUUACAACAGUGGAAAUUCACACGUGGACAACGAAAUGUAUUUCUACCGGGCCUUGGACAAACUGGGCAGCACAUCUCUAACAAAAGAUCAAGAGCCAGACAUAAGCGCGGCCUUCAUCAAAUUCUCCGUAGUCACCAAAGAACUCUCCAUCCUCAUGAAAACAUUAAUGAAGAAUCUCAACAACAUAGUGCUGUUUCCACUGGACUCGGUGCUGAAGGGAGAUCUCAAGGGUGUCAAGGGCGACAUGAAACGGCCCUUCGACCGAGCACUCAAAGAUUACGAAGCGAAAUAUAGCAAAAUCGAAAAAGAAAAGAAGCAGCAAGCCAAAGAGGCCGGUCUUAUCAGAACUGAAGUUACCCCAGCGGAAGUUGCUGAUGAGAUGGAGAAAGAGCGGAAGUUGUUCCAACUGCAAAUGUGUGAAUACUUGAUUAAAGUUAAUGAAAUCAAAACCAAAAAGGGAAUCGAGCUUCUUCAACACCUUGUUGAAUAUUAUCACGCACAAACAAAGUAUUUUCAAGACGGUUUAGAAACUUUACAACAUUUUGGAAGUUAUAUUCAAGUUUUGUCAACGGAGCUUCAAAGGAUCCGUCAAAAGCAGGAUGAGGAGAGGCGGCAACUCGUUGAGCUGAGGAAUCUUCUCAGGAGUGCCCCAGGAAUCGAUAAAGACUAUUUAUCAAGCGCAGCAUCAUUGUGCAGUGGUUAUUCCCUGCACCAACUGCAGGGGGAUAAGCAGCAUGGGUUUUCAAGGGUCGGCCACCUUCUAAAAAAGUCAGAGGGGAAGGUGCGGAAGGUUUGGCAGAAGCGGCGGUGCCAUGUGAAGGAUGGUUUUCUUGACAUAUGUCACGGGGACGAGAGCAAAGAACCAACUCGAAUAAACCUCCUCACCUGCCAAAUCAAACUGGUGCCGGAUGACAAAAGAUGCUUUGAUUUGAUAUCAUACAAUCGGACGUAUCACUUCCAAGCUGAGGAUGAAGCCGACCAGUUUGCUUGGAUGUCUGUGCUUGUGAACAGCAAGGAAGGAGCACUGAUGAAGGCGUUUGGCGACAGUGGCCGGACAGACAAAAUAAACCCUAGUCUCCUGGAGUUGCAACAGGCUAUUAUACAUUAUAUCCAAAAAAUGCCGGGCAACGACCGGUGUUGUGACUGCAACUCUCAAAAUGAUGCAACUUGGUUGUCAACAAACUUUGGCAUCAUUGUCUGCAUCGAGUGCUCCGGCAUUCACAGAGAUUUGGGCGUGCACAUUUCACGGAUACAGUCUCUGACGCUGGACAACAUUGGCACUUCUCAACUGCUGCUUGCAAGGCACAUGACAAACUCGGCGUUCAAUGAUGUGAUGGAAGCCACUCUUCGUGGAAGCAAACCAACAGCAGCGAGUACAAUGGAGGAGAGGAAUGAAUUUAUUCGUGCUAAAUAUUUGGAUAAGAAAUUUGCACUUCAUACAUGCUCGGACACAAUGGAGGUUAUGUGCGAGCUUGAAAACGCUCUUGAAAAUAGGCAGCUGCAUCACUUGCUUCAAGUUUUUGCCGAGGGUGCUGAUUUCACUGCCCCUCUUCCGACUAGCGGAAACGGUGAAAGUGCUUUGCAUUGGGCUGUCGCAAAGGAGCUUGGAAACACGCUGCACAUAGUUGACUUUGUGGUGCAAAACUCUGAAUCGCUAAAUCGGACAACUUACGACGGAAACACCGCUCUUCACUACUGUGCCAUGCACCGACGGCCCGAAUGCAUGAAGCUCCUUCUGAGGAGCGGUGCAGACCCGCAGCUACGAAACCACGAAAACAAGACGCCUCUGGACAUUGCGCGCGAAAUGGGAAAUUCUGGCUGCGAGGAAUUGAUGACCCAGGCCAUGCAACAACAAAAAGUGUUGUUUGACAAUGUCAACUUUGAUUGGAAUUUGUCGCACGACGAAGCAUCUACCGACUUCUCUGACGACGAAACCAUCAUUGAAGAUAGAAUUGGAGCCAUCACGCCCGAAAAGUCUCGAUCCAGACCGCCAAGCUUUGCAGGAGGUGGGGGCGUUAAUGAGGAUGGAGACACUUGCACAACCCCUUCACAGUCGCACUCUUCCUCUUUGGAUAGCCCUAGCAAUGCUUCAUUUAGACAAAUGCCACCUCCGCCACCACCCCAAAACAGAAAACCAAAUAUUACCAGUAGUAAGCAUGAAAAUUAUCCACAAUCAGCUUACUGGAAACGCUUCAUUUCAGUCUCCUCUGCAAACUUUCAUGGAUCUCUGAAGAAAAGAGCCGCACCGUUGCCACCUGUAAUCCACAAAGUGUAUGGUACACUUCCCAGUAGUCACAGCCGAACUCCUUCCGAUCCCAUUGUGCCCUUGUCUGUGAAUAUCGGUCGAGCAGACCACAAGAAGUCGCCCACUUUUGAUUCCGGAACCAACUUUGAAAGCAUCAAUUCGCUGAGCAUCAACAACAGUGGAUCGAUGCCAUCUGGGAUUCACUUAGUCGGGGCAAAGCUAGUCUUACCUAUGGGUGAAAUUCCUCAUUUAAAGUCCACUGGGGACAAAGGAAACAAAAUUGGGGUCCAGCGACCCCAAAACCCGCCGCCGCCAACUCCAACCACGCCAAACCAGCAGCAAAACCUAUCCAAUGGACGCUCGAAUGAGAACAUACCAGGAGAAACGCUGCAAAAUACGGGUUUGAGCAACCCGGUUCCGCCUCCUAGAAGGCAGCGUAAAGAGAAGCGUACUCUUGAAUGUGGUAUGGAAGAGGAUGAUUUGUCGACGCGUGCCGACGGAUCCAAAGCACGGCGAUGUCGAGCCCUGUACAGCUGUGAUCAGGACCAACCAGACGAGUUGUCAUUUGAUGAAGGAGAGGUCAUCAUUAUCACCAAGGAAGAGACGGAAGAAGAGUCUUGGAUGGAGGGCUUCAUAGAAGGCGACCCUACGCGACGGGGUCUUUUCCCAGUUAUCUUUGUCAAGUUCCUCGAAUAGAGGGAACCACCCCCGAACCUGCUAGUGGAGUAUGAAAUAGAUCUCAACAUUAUGUAAACGCCACAAAACGGCUCUCCUACCUGUAUAGGAAAUAAUACUCAUUGUAGCCUCAGAUAGAUGUCUCCUCAAUAAAUUAAUAAUAAUAUAAUUACCA